GAAACCAGCUCCAGUGGAAGAAAAUGACUGGAUUCAAAACGUUCAAAUUGCUAUUGCAUGUAUCUCCAUUUCUGUGAGUUAACAAAAAUUUAUGGAAGAGAACAAACACACACUCACAAGGCAAGCAUGUAGGCAGUGCUUAUCAUAACAUGUUACAAAACAACUUUUUAAAACAUAUUUUAAAAAUGUGGGUUUGGUUAUUGAUUUGAAUGUGGUUUUUACUCUGAAGUGAGACUGAACUGUGUGUGAAUGUAAUGAUGGGUCCACAAUUAGGUUAUUUUUCCUCUCAAACCUAAUUUUCUGAUCAAGUUGAAUUGUUUGAACUUGCAUAAAAAAGAUGCGAUUGAGGCAAAAUACGCAUGUUCACAGCAAACACGUCAAACUUUUCAUGUCAUUCAUGAAAAUAUUUAAUUUUGCUUUUGGUGUGAACCACUGUAUAUUAAGAUCCUGUUUUGCCUCAGAGGAACUGGAGUAAAUAUUUUACCUCUCAACUAUCUUAGACUUAGCAAAGCAUUUAUAUAUUGCUGCACUUUUUUAAAGUGUUUCUUUUAUCCUCAGUUGUACGUCACCUAAGAUAAAAAUAUCUGCUAAAUUAAUAAAUAUAAUGUAAACGUAGUUAAAACAUGAACUGCAAUAAGUUAAUAGAAAAUAAAUGAAGCCUUUUUCUAAUUUCAAUGUUUAAUUAGUUGUAAACAAAGACACAAAUGGAAUCACCAUCGUCCAUCAAACUUGCCGUGCGUUCUCUCUCUCUCUUUCUCCCUCUAUCUCCCUCCCUCCUCACUAUCCGUCAUUCAUCCUCAUCUGAAGUAUUUAAACGUGGCAGAUUUUACAUUUCAAGGCACAAAUCGAUCGGCAAUGCCAGGUGAGAAGAUCUGAUAACAAAGAUGGAAAAUACUCAUCUUUUCGCUUGAUGGCCUUUAAAAAGUUGUGGACGUCAUUCGGAGGACAAAGAAAACCAACAAAAAAGUCAAGAAAAAGGAAGCUCAUAUUUUUAAGUCGCAGAACUUCAUGCCGCUGUGAAAGAGUUAUGAAUUCUACAAUGUUUACGUACACUAAUGUAGACAGAUAUGCGGAGGCUUUCGCAAAAAAUUUCACCACAGUUCUUCUUGGGCUCAUAAUUACCUGCGUCAAUGGAUUAUUUGUUUUCACUUUCUUCAAGAGUUCAAUAUUCUACAACGAUCCAAGAUACAUAUUAUAUGUUCACAUGGUUAUCUGUGAUAUGCUCAUGGUUAUUUUCAGUGUAGGUCUCUCUGUGAUGGCUUAUGCAUGGCCAAAUGUUCCUGUACCAUUUUGUGUAACACUUCUACUAAUAUCCUCAACAACCCAUAAGAACACUCCUCUGACUUUGGCUGGUAUGGCCAUUGAGCGUUACAUUGCCAUCUGCAAACCACUGCAUCACAAUCAGAUCUGCACAGUGCGCAGGACGUACAUCCUCAUCUCUCUUAUAUGGAGUGUUGGAGUUUUACCUUCAUUGGCUGACUUGAUUCUCCUUUCAAUUGUUCGUCCUUUGGCUUUUUACACAAGUGCUCUCUGUAGUACAUCUAAUUUGUAUAGCACACCGUACCAUGAAGAACAGAGUAAAAUUACACAUGGGAUAUAUACAACUGUUGUGUGGGUAAUUCUUGUGUACACAUAUUGUCGAGUGCUGAUUGCUGCCAGAAAAGCAACCGCUGACAAAUCCUCAGCAAAAAAGGCCCAAAAUACAAUACUGUUACAUGGAGUACAGCUCUUGCUCUCUAUGAUGUCCAAUAUUACUCCUGUUAUAGACAAGAUUUAUGCCCAACUUCUUCCCACAUUACGGUCAAAAAUCACCUUUUUCAAUUAUCUUUUUACAAAUUUAUUACCACGACUGCUAAGCCCUCUUAUUUAUGGUGUUCGAGAUAAACAUUUUUUGAAAUACCUGAAAGGGCUGUUUUUAUGUCGAUUAUUUCAUGUAAAAGUUCAACCAGCCAAAUCAUGAGCUAAAAAUAUAUUACACAAUGCAAUUAGUGUUUAAAACUAUUUUAUAUAUUAUAUUUUGCAUGCAGAUAUCUAUAUGCGUUAAUUGCUUGAUUUAAUACCUAAUGUUUAUGCAGCAAAUAAGUUUCAAACUGUGUUUUGGCCAUAAAGCUUCAUCGUUUUUCUCAAUUGCUAACAUACUUUUGUUCAAUCCGUAGUCACAUUUUUCUAAACACAAAUAGCACAACAUCAGUCUGUUGUUGUGACCAACACAAUUUUUGUUGUUUUCACACAAUAUUCAGUCAACUAACACAUUUCUAAAAUGCUUACUUUUUUCACAUAAGCUUAUCCUAUAUCAAAAUUAUGUAUCUUCUUUUUUGAGCAUGGCAGAAAAUAUAUAUUUUUCCUUUUUGUUUUUUAAAGGGCAGAAUUAUGCUAUGAAUUUAUGGUUAUUAAAACUGUAGCACCAAAACUGGAUCUUAGGCUGUAAUCACAAGGGAAGCACUUAACAGUAAGUAGCACCUAACACCUAAAUCUGUGCAGUUUUGUGCGAUAAAGCACCUUAACCAGCCCAAAAAAACCCCCAAAGAAUCAUUGCAGAUUUUGUGGGUUAUUCUGUGGGUGUUUUUUUCCUUCAGUUUUACAGAAAUCAUGUGUUUUUGCAGUGGUACUCUUCAAUACACAAUGUGAGAAACAUCUCAAGGUUUAGUAAUUAACAUAAAUCAUGUGUUUUGCUAUUGUACUAUUCAAUGCACAAAAAAUGUGAUAUUAGAAAGCUGUUUUUUUUUUUUUUGUAAAUAAACUCCACACACACACACACACACACACAAAUGAAGUUUACUUUAAAUUUGUAUUUUAUUACUAAAAUGACUAAAACUUGACAAGCAAUGCUGUUUUAGUAAAUCAAUUUUUUGCAUUUUAUUAGUCUGUCUUUUGUUGUUACUGUUGGACAGAAAUCUAGAGCUAUGUUUUGACUGAAUGACUUGAUUUUGAGUCUGAUAACUCAAAAGAACUUUUGAUAGAGUUAGUAAAUGUAGAAAAAAGUAUCCAGCAUUUUGAAAUGUAGUCUGUGUACUAUUUGGCUAAUUUUGUGAUAUAGUUCUGUUGCUGUGUUAAGACUUAAAUGCUUGUUAGUAAUUGAGAAAAACUGUUUGAGGAAAAGAAACUAAAUAAAAACUUAAAUCAGACCGUUUCUUAAA